AUGCUAUGGCAUAUAGUGAGAGACUGUGAAAACGCACCGAGACAAGAACGUGAGGUUGUACAAGAAGAGAAGCUCAUAUUCGUACACUUAAAAGUCCUCCGAAAGAGAACUAUUGAUGACUGGGUGUUUUUAUGUUGCCUCCUUGGCAAUGACUUUUUACCAAAAUUGCCUUCACUGAAUAUCAAAGAGGGGGCACUUGAUAGGUUGGUACGUAUGUACAAGACAGCUGUUACACACACCAUGAUUAAUGACCUCAAGUCUAAAAUAAGAGAAUUAUCAUUAGCAUUGGAUGGAAAAUCAGAAGAAAUAGACCCAGAUGACGGAGACAAACGCUACCUUACAGAUAAUGGAAUUGUGAAUUUACACAUGUUACAGAUGAUACUGACAGAGCUAGGAAAGGAGGAGGACGUCAUAUUCAGAGAGAGGCGUCAGAAGAAUGAAAUGAAUUCCAAGUACAAAUGUGAGAUUCAACACGAGUCAGAAGACAAUGUAAGGCUAGGUAUGGAUGGAUGGAAAGAUCGAUACUAUGAAUACAAGUUUGAUGUGUCACCAUCACAUGAACCUGAAUUUAUAAACAAUUUGGCUGACUCUUAUGUAAAGGGUCUAUGUUGGAUAUCAAUGUAUUAUUUUCAUGGCUGUCCAUCCUGGCAGUGGUUUUAUCCAUACCAUUAUGCUCCAUUUGCUAUGGACUUCAAAAAUAUUACCCAUCUACAAAAUGACUUUGAAGUCGGCGAGCCACUGAAACCGCUUGAACAGUUAAUGGCGAUAUUACCACCUAGUAAUGAUCAUUUGUUACCAAUAACAUGGAGACCUUUAAUGAUCGGUGAACCUGGUGAUUCUCCUAUUAGAGAUUUCUAUCCUGGUGACUUUGAAAUCGAUUUGAGUGGUCACAUCACUGUAUUUGCUAGUGUCAUUGUGGGCAUGGUAUUCAAAUUACAGGUCAUAUUAGGUAGUGGAUGUGUAGUAUUAGAUGCAGAUAAAUGGAUACUUGAACAAAUAGAACACCACGAAAGUGAACUUCAUUCGCGACUGUAUACAAAGGAACUAGAGAUUGAUUACUAUGCCCGUGCGCAGCGACUUGAAGAGAUCCCGCUUCUUAAAAAAGAUUAUGAGAAGUUUGUAUUGAUGGAAAGAGAAACCUGGGAUAAAGAAGAAGAGAAGAAAGUUCAAAAUUUGAAAGAAGUGUGGAAAUUAGCCAAAUUAAACAGAAAUCGUUUGUCACGGAUGGUGGCCAGUAAAGAUGAAUUUGUAAAAGGAUUGACCCACGCCAGAAAGUGUGUAUACAAGGAAAAACUUGCAAUCUUCAAGACUAUGUAUGAUAAUGAAAAGAAAAUACGACUUGAACAGCGAAAAGUCGACCGUAAAGAAGACCGCCGACAGAAGUGGUUGAAAGAAAAGAAAGAGGAAAAGCAGCGUAAACGCGAUGAAGAAAUAAAAAGAGUAAAACAGGCCAAAGACGAAGAAGAGUAUAGAAUCAGAGUUGCCAAGGCGAACGCACAAGCUGCAAAACAAAAAGCUAGAGAUGAAGAGAUUGAAAGACGAAAUGCUACACGUUCACGACAGUCUUCAGUUUCAGACGAUCGGACCACUGACAGCUGGAGACGAUCGCGACAGUUUACACCUCAAGAUUCCAGGGCCAAUUAUAAUACACUUCGUCCACAAUAUGACAGUGCCUAUAAUCAUAGUUGCCCAACACCACGUUACCAAAGUACUAACAGUACUCGGGGAUAUCGUGGCUCACGUUACCAACGUGAUGAUAAUCAACCACAUAAUUGGAGAGAGGGAGAUUCAAAACCGAGUGAACACAAGACAUCAUCUUCAAAUUAUAACCGAAAAGCCGGAGAUGUGGACAAGGAUGGUGAUGGUGGCUGGAUAACUGUUUCCAGACGAUAG